AUGCAGCAAGGAGUCCCCUGGGCACUGCGCAAAAUUUUGUCCUUUGCCGGUGUAUCUCUGCACAUGACUCAAACGACAUCUGUGCCAGAGGACAACCUAGGUGGUGGCCCCGUCGUCUCGAUCCGCGUGAAGCAGGUUGUGACGCCCGGUGGGUUCUCCAGCGAGGAGUCGUAUGUACUUGAUUCCCAGUCCCGAGAUUCCACGGUGCCCAUCUUUGGGGCGCUGUCUGCGCAUUCCAAGUACGUGCCCGUCGCCGAAAUCUCCGACGAGACGUUUAAACAGCGCGCGGCCGAUGGCGAUUCGGACACGGUUAUCCAGGAGUUUGCCGAGAGCAAGACGGGCGAGUGGGUGACGGAGGGGAUCUGGACCUUUGAAAAUGUGAAUGGAGUGAGGCAUUUCACCAGGACUAAUGUAACUAGUAGAGGGGAGUCACGGGUGGUUGCUCGGCUUGUCUACGAUUGGAGACAGGAGUGA